GCGGCACGGGUGGAACGAACGGUGGCGGCUCCGUCACCCACGGCACCGUCGGCCUGAACGUCCAAUUGCAAUCAGGCUUCACCAACGCUCUACCAUGAUCAAACAGCCAAUCCAUGAACACCGGUCGAGGCAGUGGGAUCUCCAUUAGCGGCGAAGCCGACAGCUAUGUUAAAGUGGAUCCCUUGCAGGACAUCAACGCCCCCAAUCAGGUGUACAUGGGGUUCAGUAGCGGCGGCUCCAACGGCAACGCCGCCACGGGAGCCCUCAGUAACCACGACCAGACCAAUAUUAAUUCCGGUAAUACGGUGCUGUACAGCGGAAGCUCCCAGAUUAACGGCAACGGUACCCAGGUCAGUCUAAGCAACAACGCCAAUUCGGGGGUCUCGCGCAGUCCCAUUACCACGACGACGCCGUGGACCACGUCCAUUGUGUACUGUACGUCGACGCCGUACUGCGGGCCGCCGUGUGUGAUGAACGAGGUGUGCUAUUGUGCGUGUCCACCGGUGGCGUCGGUCCCGUUGACGGGCAGUGCGUUGUCCAAGAUGCUGCUGGAUAAUCAUGCAACGGCGGCGCGAGAACGACCGGCGGUGGUUAAAGUACAGAAGCUAGUGUCGGGGCGAUGGCGAGAUGAUCCGGUCAAAUCCGUGUCGAAAGAUGUUGCGCUUAAGAAUUCUCGUAUGCGAAGUUGAAGUGCAGUCGAUUCAGUAUUACAGAAGUAUAUCAUUUACAUGGACAUACAACAGUAUUAAUAAUAAGUUUGUGAAUGUGCGUACGCUGUAAAUGAGCAUGCCGGGGAAAUGUCGAAAGCGCUGAGUAUGUUUAUUUGUCAAGUGCUUUUCGUGCUCGCUCUGCGUAAUGCGUCCAGUAUGGUGGAAAGGAAGUUAAUGGACAAUUUAUAUACACACUCAUGAUGGGCUUAUUGCAUACCACAAUUAUGCAUAAAAAUCGAAUUACAUAGAUCUGGGGUAUGUUAUGGUUUUUGCCUAUGAUAUCCUGAAUAAAGAUGUAAUAUCAUCACAAUAUAAUAAUGAGAACCAACAUUUCUGCCUUCCGUAGUACUGUUUUUGGUUUCUUCCUUACUUUGUCAAACGCGCAAUUCUUGACGACGGAUACGAAUAUUACCCAUGUUUUAUUGGUUCAUAAGCAAAUUAACGAGAAAGUCAUAUCAAUAUCGAAGGAAAGCCUAUCGCCGUUUGCGCAACGAUAUUUUGGUUGUUUCCAUUCGUCAUGGAAUCUGAACGCACGGGAUAUAACACAAACACUGCAACAUCCGCUAAAAGUGUUUCGGCUUUUAAAGCAUCUGACAUAUGACUGGGAUACGGUGGCUGCACGAUAUGGUCAAAGAGCUGCACGAUAAUUCGCUAUCGGACUAUACCCUGGCAGAAAUAGAAUCUACUCGAACGAGCUGCACGAUUCCCCGGUUUAGAUGACCUUGAGGCGAUCAGCGAGGCCACUGGCCAGCUGCAGUCCAUGUACAAGCUAAACAUCCUGGAUGUUUCCAGUGGCAUUAUUGCAAACUCCACUGAACAAAUUUCACGAUUAAACGCCGAAGAGUGCCUGCUCAUCGGAUCGGCGCUGUUCAAAAACCAUCGGUAUGGUUUGGCGGCGGAAUGGAUGCAGGUAUCCCAACAGCGUUUUGCUGAGGAAGGUCUGACUGAUUCAUCAGUUGUGACAACAACGCAAGCAGUGAUCGAGAUCGCCGUGCAGCAUGCACGGAAGAACGCCACUGUAAAUGCUGUGCGGCAACUGACAACGGCCUAUCACGAAGAGCUGUGCCGGAACGCGGAUGCAAAGGGGGUCCUUAGCAGCUACUUGCGUUGUUACCACGAAACGUACGGCAAUCCGUUUCUCCUCCUGCAACCACUGGAAAUGGAGAUCAUUAGCACGAAGCCGUCGGUGAUUUUUAUCCAUAGAUUCUUGCGGGACGAUCAAGCCGAUCAACUAGUUGAAAUCGGCCGGGAAAAUGUAAGAAGGCCAAAGAGCACAUACGGCGCCACAAAUCGCACAAACACCGCAAAACGCCGGUUAGCCAAAAGUGCAGCGCUUCGAGCAAAUACGAGCUCGUUCAUUCAGCAAAUCGACCGCUGGUCAGCCAUGGCGACCGACCUAAAUUCCCAGUAUGCUGAAUCAUUACAAAUCAAAAACUAUCCUGUUGGCGGUGCGCUACAACUUCACUUCGACGUACUGCAGCAGGGCCCACUGAAUUUCACCGCACCCGACAGAAUGGCCACGCUACUGGUGUACCUGAACGAUGUGGAACACGGUGGAGCCACUAUCUUUCCCCUGUUGGAUCUAACCGUCCCGGCGGUGAAGAACGGCGCGGUGCUGUGGUAUAAUCAGUAUAAGGAUGGGAUUCCAGAUGGACGGACAUUACAUGCCGGUUGUCCAGUGCUGUUGGGAACGAAAUGGGUGACCAUUAAAUGGUUGCACAAUAUCGGCCACUGGAGGCAGCGUCCGUGUGGACUGCAGGAAGAUAGCAAGAAUGGGUUAACUGUUAGUCAAGUGCACGAUUUAUUUAAACCGUCCGGCUAAAUAUACAUUAGAUGGUCUCUGAUCAGGUGCAUUUGUGCGAGCAAGCAAAGUGCUGUAAAA